AGUUAGCGCGGCGGAGUGGCGCCCCGCGGCAGUGCCUCCGUAGCCCGCCAAGCGAUGGCACGCUCGCUCAAAGCUUUCAAAAACGCUUACGCGACUUCUCACGCAUCCAGCGUCGUAAAAUAUAGGUGAAUUACGCGCCAAACUUCUUUGCACUCUGCUGAUAGUUUAAACGCGACAAAAUGACUCUUUUUAUACAUUUAUACACUGUGAUAUGGAUAGCGCUGCUGGCAACCUUCUGCAUUACGACAGGUCGGGAAUUCCCCAAUGGGCAGAAUGUUGUAUCUGUAGAACCUAUAGAAGUACCAAAUGAGUCAAUGUACCCGAGGUUUACAGAGCCAAUACCAAAUGUUACGGUCCGAGUUGGCCGGGAUGCGCUUCUUGCAUGUGUUGUCGAUAACUUGAGAGGAUUUAAGGUUGCCUGGGUACGAAUGGACACACAAACAAUCUUAAGUAUCCAUCACAAUAUAAUAACACAGAAUCCACGAAUAAGUCUAUCAUACAAUGACCACCGAUCUUGGUACUUGCAUAUCAAAAACGUGCAAGAGGUGGAUCGUGGAUGGUAUAUGUGUCAGGUGAACACCGACCCUAUGCGAUCAAGGAAAGGUUAUCUGCACGUCGUUGUGCCUCCUUCAAUCAUCGAUAAUAUGACGUCAGUGGAUACGGUGGUUCGUGAAGGCAGCGACGUAACGUUGGUGUGUCGAGCAUCGGGCUAUCCUGAACCUUAUGUUAUGUGGAGGCGUGAAGAUGGACAAGACUUUAAUUAUAACGGGGAAUCAGUGGCGGCCGUAGAUGGGGAGACGCUGACGAUAACAAAGGUGUCUCGUCUUCAUAUGGGGGCGUACCUCUGUAUAGCGUCUAACGAAGUGCCGCCAUCUAUUAGCAAACGUAUCAUGCUUAUGGUUCAAUUCCCACCAAUGCUGUCGAUUCCCAAUCAAUUGGAGGGCGCGUACAUCGGACAAGACGUGACACUGGAGUGCCACACGGAGGCCUACCCCUCCUCCAUUAAUUAUUGGACCACUGACCGCGGCGACAUGAUAAUAUCCGAAAUGGAAAUUGUAGGUGGCAAGUACGAAGCGUUCCCUGUGGACAGCGGGUAUAACAAGUUUAUGAUGCUCAAGAUAAGAAAUAUUACCAAAGAGGACUUCGGCUUCUACAAGUGUAUCGCUAAGAACUCCCUCGGCGAAACUGAUGGCAUUAUUAAAUUGGACGAAAUACCCGCUCCGCCAUCGGCUUUCACGACUACACAAAAAUCGAUCUUAGACAAUCAGACUAUAAAAAAAGGUCAGCUGGCAAAUAUUCAAAACAACGACGCGAUCACUUCAAAUUUUCAAGGCGAAGCUUAUGGUGAACAAAUAAGAGAUUUUGAUUUCGACGAUGAAAACUCAGCUUGCACAGCAAAGAUAGAUAAACUUUUAUUUAUUGUAUUAGUAUGGUAUGUAAUCACGAUGUUAGAAAGUUGUUGGUGAUUCAAGCCUGCAUUAUAAUUGUAAAAAAUUAGUUGUUCAAUUAUUAUUUGUAUUUAAUAAUUUCCAACAGCCGAUCCGACAAUAACACUUUAAAUUAUUUCAGUUUUACGAUUAAAUCUAGCUCUGGAUUACAAAUAGGAAAACACACUCGAACCACAGAUUGCAUUCUAGUGUGGGUUUACCAUUUUCCAGUAUUUAUUCAGAGCUUUAUUCA